AUGACAGGUCGCAAAGGAAGGGUCGUGAGCAACGACGACGGCAGCAUCUCCUACGAGUCGAGGUCGGAACUUGACGUCCCUGUGGAAAUCCUAAACAUCACCGAGAAGCAGAGAUUCAUGGCUGGAGAUAAGGUACCUUUUUCUCUCUUCAGGCUCGAAAUAUUUACAUUUUCAGCAAGCUAAAAAAAAAAACCCCAACCCUCGUUGGUGCUCUGGACCAACGUAGAUUUCUUUCAGAACUACAGUGUCCAAAUAUAACUGUCCUCUUCUGUUUUUGAAAGUUGAAAUUGUUCACCUAAGAAUGCAAUAAGUCCCAUCCUUGCUUGGAAUUGGUUUGUGUCAAGACAGGUGUGCUUUGGCCAAGGAGGUUUGGCUUGCACUCUGGCGAGAAAAGUGUGAUCAGUGCAAGUUGUUGAUCUUAGGAACAUAGCAAUAGC